AUUGGUGUUCACAUGAGCCUAUGUUUGUUUGAACGUAUAGCGCAUAUUACUCGGUGUGAUAAGACGGAUGGGGCUUUUUAUGUGUCUAUGAAGACUGGCUGUGGUGCUGUAAGGGAGAGGAAGAGAAAAACUUUAUGUUGGAUUAAGAAGUUUUUUUAUGUUCGAAUUGCAACUUCGCCGGUUCCUGAUGUUUCUGAUAUGAGUGCCCCUUUUAGGAGUAGUUGGAAAUCUUACAAUGGUAGUUUAAUUCUUAUAGGUGUAUUUGUUUAAAAAAAUUCUUAUUUGACUGUUGUCUUGUUUUGUAGGUCGUCACUUAGUUGGUGUUCCUCUUGCUCCUGGUGAUAGUGAGUGCGUGGACUACUUUAAGGCCUGGCGGUCGGAGGUUUGGCAGUGCAUUCCGUUUAUUGACUCAGCUUGUUGGAGGAAGAUGGAUUUGAGCGAGAUUCCGAGUUUGGUUGACUGUUUUGCUGGAGGUAGUGCCGAUGCUUCUGUUGUUUAGUCUGGUACCCCCGGUGUGGAACUUUUGACAUCUGCUCGUAAUAUUGUUAUGGGUCUUACUAGCACGACAUCUCCUGUACCGCCCACUGGUGUUUCUGGAAGGGAGGUUGUUGUUGCUGGCAGUGAGAAGGUUGUGAAGAAAAGAGCUGCCGCUGGUCAUUCAUCCAAGGACGCGCCGGCUUCGAAAUCUUGCAAAGUUGCGAGCUCUGAUGUUGAGCUGCCUUCGGUGGUUGAGUUGCCUGCUGCGGAGAAGGCUACGUUUGAACCGUUUGAGCAUUCGUUCAACGGUUUGUCCUCGGGAUGUGGUGAUCUUUUCAAGUUGUUUCAAUCACCUGGUGGUGUUGAUGGUUUGCCUUUUGACCAAGUUAGGCGUGGUGAGUGGUAUCAAGAGUUCGCUCGUCACUUGGCCAUUGCUACAAAAUUUGCGAACAAAUUGGUGGUUAAUCAAGAUGAGGAGCUUGAAGAGGUGAAGGCGGAGCUUGAGAAAACGAAGGCUAAGCUUGCUUCUAUUAAGGACAAGGCUGAUAAUUCCGAGGAAAAGGCGGCUCUGUGCGGCAAGUAUGAGGCUGAGAAGAAAGUGUCCUCGGAUGCAUUGGAAGAAGUUGAAAAACUCACUGCAAAGAUAGCUUUGGAAGCUGAGCGGGUGAAGAAGCGUCAAGCGGUCGACUUGGAACGUUUUAAGAAGGAAAAGGAAGUGGCGAGCAGGAAGUAUCGUUGGGCAGUAACAAGACAUGAUGAUGUGCUGGCUACUUUCAAUUCUCAUAUGAAAAAGGUGCGGAGGUAUGUGGAGAAUCAGAAGGUUGUUCGCACGUCUAUGCAUGGAUUGAAUCAGAUCAUGGGAGUGCUUGAUGCUGCCAGGAGGAGGAAAGAGGGAAUAAGUAUUCCUGAUGGUAAGGUUAAGCAUCUUGAGAAUGAAUUGGUCCAGAGGAAAGAGAAGGCAAACUUGGUUGUUCGUGUUGAGUUUGAACCUAAUGAAUUGGCUGAUCUCCCUUCCUUUGAUUUUACUCGUCCACUCUCUCCUGUUCAUCUUUCUCUGACUGCGGGGAUUGAGGAUGCGGCUAAGGCGAGAGGUAAAGAGGAAGAUCGUCCUCGUGAGGAAGCAAAGCGUCGUCGCGUGGCUGAGCGUGCAUGUGCUUCGGCUGUGAGGCGUGAGGGUCAGGUUCCUUCGCGCCCGUAGUUUGGUUCGUGUGAUUGUCGAGGCCCUGUGUGGCCGCUUCUAUCUUUUAUUUUGUUGCUGUUUUUUAAGACUUUGGUUUUAUUUGCUUGCUAUGAUUUGAUCAUGUUGAUCUUUUUCGGAUAUGGAUGGUGGUCUUCUUGUUGGUUUUUGCUAUUAUGAUCGAUCAUGUUGGACUCCUUUUAUAUGAUGCUUGAAUUCUUCA